GUUUAAAGGAAGAAAUUAAUCUUGAUGAAGAUACUAAAAAGCAGAAAUUGGCCACUGUGCCAUUUCUUUUGAAUUUAGCCUCGCUGUCGCCAACUCUUUUAAAAGCAAUGACCAGCGAUAUAUUACAAAUAUUGAGGCCCGAUAGCAUACCUCGUUUAGCACUGUUUGCAGCAGACUGGUGUAAAUACUUUGACAAUGAACCGGCAGCAUUAAUAGACUUGACGGUGCACCUGGUGUUAGGAUGCGAACAGGGCGCAUCGCAGUUAAUUAAUAUACUGCUAGAUACAAGUCUAAACACGAGUAAUGUCGGUUAUCACAGCGUUAACGCGGCGCAAAGUGUAAAGGACGUUUGUAGGGAGAUACUGGAACUGAUUUUACAAGAAAUCGAUCUUCUGUUGAGGACGCACGGACCACAGUCUACCAACAUCGCUCUUCUGAGUUCUAUCAAACAGGAGAUAUCGCUGAUAAUGCCAAUGCUGUUGAAUCCCAACCGCUGCGCGUGCAAACAGCUAUUAGAUUGUUGUGCUUUCUGAGAAGUCAGAAUCCAAAUAUAGUAGUCUCUAUGGCGUCCUACAUGCUGGUGAAGGCUCCAUCGACGUUUCAUCUUGCAGCUCUGAUACGUCUUAUAACUAACAACAUCGUACUGUUUCCCGCAAACAAAUCUGGAACCGAAAACAUUCUUGCUGGUCAUGAUUAUCUUAUACAGAUCUUGGAGCAAGCACUGAGACAGAUAUAUUAUAAGAAUGUCAUAGAGGAAGAAGAGUCGAGACAGUUAUUUAAAAAUCUCACUACAAUGUUAAAGUGGGAAAAAACGAAUAAAGUGGCGAUAUUACAGUCAAAGAUGAUUACCAGAGCUCUUAGGUUUAAUUUAUAUCAAAUAUCUUCUUUGUUGACAAGAACAGACAACUUUGACUUGGCGAACGAUAUCAUUACUCUAUUGGAUUUGUUAAGUACGUCCGAGAAAGAUUAUAUUUUCAAUGUGGAACUCGUGCUGAAAUUGACGAGGGCAGUUAUCCAAUAUUUCUUCUUGUGUAUUGGCCAAAUAGAUAUAAUAAAAAAGGAACGAGGAGUGAAGAUGGUUUGUAACUUAUUGAAGGAUCUAACGUGUUAUUCUUCCUGUGCACGUGUGCUGGCACUCAGAGAGAUAUUAGUAAGCAGUAUCAAUAACGAGCAGGCAAAGUAUUUUGGUGCAAAGGAGAAAUUUGAACCCUGUUUUGAAGAACCGUUAUUGUUACAUCAGAAUCAUAGACAGGUUACGAGCACCAUGUUAGCACAACGACAUUCAUCGGUAUUUCACGCUGGUGUAAUAGGACACGGUCCGCGAAGACCAUCACAGGAGAAUUCUAUCGAUAAAGAAACCAUAGCUCUAAAUAAAAUGUUAUUAAUAGACAUCAUAAAGGCUUGUUGCAGCAACCAGGAAUCAGAUCGAUAUCCUAUCAACUUGGACGCUCUGACGAUGGUCAGCUUGUUGUUGGUCGAAUUGGUGUCUCCUGACGUUAUGUACAAUGGCCUUCCUUGGCCUGAUGAGGAGUUUACAAAGGUCACGAUUGAGAGAGACUUACAAAUCCGUCGCAAGUUCAAAGAAGUGCCUCUACUAUGGACAUUGCUAGAAUUGACUGCCUGGUACAGGCCGGCUUUAGCGUAUUGUUCCGUUUUAUUGAGAGGCAUCACCGCAACCGUGAUGGCUAAUUGGAAUACAGAGGAAGGCGUCUUACUCGUCAAUAUAAUGGCUCUCGGCCAAUUAUUACCGCCACCAUUGGCGAGUAUUAGGGACAUCCUGCCUGUUUUGCAACCGCACCAGAUAAAUACAAUAAUGAGGGAAUGUUUAUGGGCUUAUAUGCGCGAGAAUGUACCAUCCCCGGCGUUAUUCACGCGAAGCGAAGGCGCCAAUAUAGCUUGGAGAGACAUCGACACGUCAUUACCUAAUGCACGCUUUACGGAUACUCUUCGCUUAGUACUGCUGGCAAAUAUUCACACUUUAGGAUCUCUAUAUUCGACGUUGUUUUAUAAUGAAAAUAAGUAUUAGGCAGUGAAAGAGAGAAAGAAAUAGAGAAAGAGAAAACAUCUUUGACGGAGAUCAAAUCGAUUUUUAUCAAUUAUAUGACACUUGUAAAUAGCACUUCUUUGAGAGCAAUAUAACAUUAAAUUAUAAUUUGAAACUAUAA